CUAAAAGGACGAAGUCGAAGGGGUGCGUGUGUGAAAAAUAGCCCAAAACAUGGCCACCAUCAUCCCUAAGUCGUGGAAGAAGAUCUGGGAGAACUGGAAUGUCCGCGGAGUCAUCCUCUUCAGUCUAUGCUUUCAGAUUUUUCUCAAUUUUGCCUCUUCGAGAAAACGCACAAAAAGCUUCUUAAUAUGGUUUGUCUGGUUUGCUUACCUUCUUGCAGCUGCCAGCUUCUGUGUUGGACUCAUAUCCAACAAUCAAGACAGCAAUACCACCUUCACUGAAACCGACUACCUCAUGGCAUUCUGGGCUCCUUUUCUUCUGCUUCACCUUGGUGGUCCAGACACCAUCACUGCUUUUGCCUUGGAGGACAACGAGCUCUGGCUCAGACAUCUUGUCGGUUUCAUCUUCCAGGCCGUCGCAAAUGCUUACGUCUUCCUCUUGACUGUUCCUGGUAACACAUUAUGGUUACCAACACUGUUGCUGUUCCUCGCCGGUUUAAUUAAGUACGCUGAGAGAACUCGCGCUCUGUACCUCGCAUCCAUCAACAAUUUCAAACAAUCUCUUGUUCCAAAACCCGAUCCGGGUCCUAAUUACGUCAAGCUCAUGGAGGAACACGAUUCCUGGGUGAAAGCAGGACUUCCUUCACAAAUCAUCAUAAUUCCAGAAUUUGCUCAGGGAUACGAUGAUAAGGUUGAUGAUAAGGUUGCCGUUGGACAGACAAAAGGUGGGAUUAGUGAUCUUGAGGCUGCGCAGAAAGCCUACUUCUUCUUCCGGAAGUUCAAAGGACUCAUCGUUGACAUGAUCUACAGCGCCCGCGAUCGCAGCGAUAGCGAGCGAUAUUUCUGGAAACUAGAGCAUGAAGAUGCCCUUCGUGUAAUAGAAAUUGUACUCAACUUCAUUUAUGAAGCUUUUUACACCAAGGCCACUGUGAUUCGCAAUUGGUUCGGGUUCUUGUGUAAAUUUGUUUCCUUCAUUUCGACUGUGGCUGCGCUUGGACUCUUCAUUUCGAAAGAGAAGAAAAGAUUGGACAAGUUUGAUGUUAAGGUCAGUUAUGCGUUGCUGUACGGCGCUCUGGCUCUGGAUAUCAUGGCUUUCUUCAUGCUCAUCUUCACCGAUUACACAGCCACUCUUUCUGGUGAUGAAUAUCUCGACAGAGUUUCUGGGUUCCAACGGUACAAAGCUAAGUUCUUCAAAUGCUUCAAUCAAAAUAUUUUGGCGCAUUUCCUCAAGUUGAGGAGAUCACGUUGGAAAGAAUUUGACUCCACCUCACCACCUCAAUUUCACAGUUUGGUUCAUUUCCUCACCUCGAGGAGAACAGGUUCGAAACAAUCUGAGCUUGAGAAGUAUAAAGGCCAUAAAAAACUGUGCUCCCCCUUUCUCUUUCGCAGAUGGUCUGGAUCAAUCUCGGGCCACAAUUUGCUAAAAUUUUGCCUGGACGGGUCAAUUCCGGGGGUUCCUAGCCUCAAUCAAUUCUCUAUUGCUGAAGUCGUUCGACAUGGGUGCUUAAAAAUUGUACAGUUCGCCCAAGUUUGUUUCUAUCAACUAGUCAAAUUUUUUGGUGGUGGAGAUCUCCUUGUUGAAUGGAAAUACAAGUCCAAAAACCCAUUCCUUAAAGAGCUUUGGGAAUAUAUUUUCAAACAGCUGAAAGAGAAAUCUGAUCAUGCUCAAGACGAUGCUGAGACCAUCCAAACCAUAUGUUCUCUUAGAGGUGAGGGGGUUCUCCAUAAUGCAGAAUUUGAUGCCAAAAUCCGAGACAGUUUGAAGCCUUUCACGGAGUCCAACCAGGUUACUUUUGAUCAGAGCCUGCUAUUAUGGCAUAUUGCUACUACCAUUUGCUACUUCAGAGAUGCCCAUGUUGGACUACGCGAUAAAGAAUUCAGCAUGCUUCUCUCAGAUUACAUGCUAUACCUUUUAGUCAUGCAACCUAACAUGAUGUCUGCCAUAGCAGGGAUUGGACAAAAGAGGUUCCAGGAUACAUGUGCAGAGGCCAAGAAGUUCUUCAGCAAAAGGAAUCUAGAACAAUGGGAUCCGAAGGAAAUGCAGGAGGAAGGUGAAGAAAUGAAGAAUAAAGGUCAGGAAAUGCAGAAGGAAGGUGAAGAAAUGCAGAAGAAAGGGGAAGAAAUGCAGGAGCAAGGCAAGGAAAUGCAGAAGGAAGGCGAGAAAAUGCAGAAGCAAGGCGAGGAAAUGCAGAAGAAAGGCAAACAAAUGCAGAAGGAAAUGCAGAAGAAAGGCGAGGAAAUGCAGAAGGAAAUGCGGAAGAAAGGCGAGGAAAUGCAGAAGAAAGGUUGCUAUCUUCUUAUCAAAGUGCCUACAAUAGAAAAACCGACAUACGUGAAGGGAGAUAGGAGCAAAUCAGUGUUGUCUGAUGCAUGUAGAUUGGCAAAAGUGUUAGAGAAAUUAAAAGUCAAGAAGAAAUGGGAAAUUAUAAGUUCCAUAUGGGUGGCAUUGUUAUCGUUCACUGCAAUUCAUUGCAGGCCCACAACACAUGUGCAGUUAUUAAGUAGAGGUGGAGAAUUGAUUUCGUUUGUUUGGCUGUUAAUGUUUCAUUUGGGGCUGGGAAAGCAGUUCCAAAUCAUGGAAGGCGACGCAAGAGAAAAACUUACAGUGGGUAAGUUGCUGGAUUAGAAUUAGACUGCUUUUGCAUUAGUGGGUAAAAGUUGCUGAUUGACUUGGACUAGUGUUAAUAAUCAUGCUUCUUAGUCUGAUCUAUUCAAAUUUGAAGUCAAUCAUUCUCUAAACUACGGCACUCAUGUAUCCUUCGCCGUUUGGAAAUGUUAUUUUAUUUAGGGAGAAAGGAGAAUGAAGUAUAAUUGCUCUAUGUGUAUGAAAAUUGAGUUUAUUGCCAUUGCAUCCUUUUUUAAUUGAAAUGUAACUGUAUAGGCUAGGUUGACCAUGGUUACUGAGUGGUUGUACUCACUUCUCAUUCUUUAAUAUUUUCAGAACCUAAUUCA